UGAUUAGUACAAAUAAAAUCAAGAAAAGGAAAAAAAAAACCGUCCGAGUCACAAGCUCUCCCUCUCUCUGUGCUUAUGAGUGUUGAAAAUUCCCAGAUAGGAGUAAGAUUCUCAUCAUACUGAACCAGGUCUCCCACAAGUCACAAACCUCUCGCUCCUCCUCCUCCUCAGAUUUUUAGGGUUCCGGUUCUCUUUGGGGCGCUUGAAAACUGUUCUUUCAGUUUGCUCGAUGUAAACAACAUAUUACGUUUUACUGAUGAUUCCAAGAUUUGGGUUGGUUUAGGUGGGUGCUGCGAAACCCUAUUUUUCACGCUGUGAAGUGUGAUAAAAUUAGGGGUUUGAUUUGCAAUGGGAGUCGAAGAAGGAAACAGCAAUGACGAUGGUAUGGAAUCCAAUAAAGAAGUUGAAUGCUUGAAGAGUGAAUCCAAUGGAUUUGGAAAUUGUAAUGACAUUGCCAAAGGCAGCUCUGGUGCAAGUGAGGGUGUUCAAACUUAUAAAAGGCGGAGGCAGGCGAGGUUCCGUUGGGAUAGCAGGUCACAGGAUGAUGGGGGAGCUGAUGUGGAAUCAUCGAGUCAAUUAGCAGACCAGCGUCUAAAGGAACCAUUGUGCACAGAUAUACACAAUAACUCUUGUGAGCAAGUCCAUGUUCGCAUGAAUAGUUCAGAUGCACGUUCAGAUAGGCACUGGACAACUUCCGUACUAGAGAACAUGUAUGAGUCACUAGGUGAUGAUGAAGGUGGUGUACAAGAGUGCAUCCGAGAAGCGAUUGCGCAUUUUCAAGAGGUUGAUCACACAACACGAGUUAAGGAAUCUGGUCAUCAUAAUGAGGAUAGGCACCGAUACUGUUUUCUUACACGGUCUAUAUUGAAUAGAUCUCAAAAUGCCGCCAGCAGGCAUGCUGGUGUUAUAUCUAAUGGAUCUUCAAAUAAAUCAAAUCAUCAUACAGUUACCGCAAUGUGUCAGCACGCUUUUUAUAAUGUUUUAGUUUCAGAAAAGUUUGCCUCUUUGUGCAAACUGCUGCUGGAAAAUUUUCAAGGAAUCAAGGAUGACAGCAUUUUUGACUUUAGUCUUAUAAACUCAAGGAUGAAAAGGGGAGAUUAUGAGCACUCGCCUAUGCUCUUCUCAAAUGAUAUGCAACAGGUAUGGAGAAAGCUUCAAGUGAUUGGUACCAACAUGAUUUCUCUUGCAAAAAACCUCUCGGAUGUGUCAAGGGCUUCUUACAAUGAACAGGUGGGAGGUUUAGUCCACAAUACAAUGAAAUAUGGAAAAAAUGAGUUCUACCCCUUGGGAUCUGACUUUCACACUAAACUGAAGCAAACAGAGGAUUGUUGUGUGCACAGUGUAUGCACUUGCAGGUGCUGCGGAUGCUGUGCAAAUGGGAAAGAUUGUUUAGUAUGUGAUUCAUGUGAGGAGAUGUACCAUAUCUCUUGCAUUGAGCCUGCUGUCAAACAGAUUCCUCCAAGUUGGUAUUGUGCUAGGUGCACUGCAAGUGGUCUUGGAUCAUCCCAUGAGAACUGUGUCGUGUGUAAGAAGUUGAAUGUGGCCAAGACUCUAGUUGAUGGAGUUGGAGGUGAAAGUGUUGCUACAGACGAAGAAACAGUCAAUGAGACAGGUCAAAAUUCAAAAUUGAGUGCAGAUGAUGGAAUCCAACUAUCAGAAGAAAGCAAAGAAAUUUGCAAGACUUGUGGACUUGUGGUAGAAAACGGUGAGAGGUUGAGGAUAUGUGGUCAUCCAUACUGCCCCAAGAAAUACUACCAUAUGAGGUGUCUGACAACUAACCAGUCAAGAUCGUACGGUCCCCGAUGGUACUGCUAUUCUUGUCUAUGCAGAAGUUGUCUCACUGAUAAGGAUGAUGAUAUGAUUGUGCUUUGUGAUGGCUGUGAUCAUGCGUACCACCUCUAUUGCAUGGAACCACCACGGACCUCUAUUCCUGCUGGAAAAUGGUUUUGCAGAAAAUGUGAUGCAGGAAUUAAGGCCAUACGCAAGGCAAGAAAGGCUUAUGAUAAGAAAGAAAAGACAGAGAGAGAGAAAGAUGAAGGAUCAAGGAAAGAAAAAUGCGAUGACAGGGAAUCAGAACAAGGUAGAGGGGGUAUGGAGGUGCUUCUCUGCGCAGUCAAUACUCUAGAUGAUGAAGAGGUUAUGAAGAGUAAAAAAGAAUGAGACAAUUUUCUGGGGACAUGUUUUUGUGAGUAACGAUUUUGAUUUUUGUAGGUCUAUCUCAAGGCUACGAAGUCUGUUAGUUUUCGUUGGAGGCGAUAUUUUGGUAGGUUAUAAAUUCUGUUAGAUUCUGCUUAUUUUUGGAUAACUCAGCGAAAGACAAGAUACCAAAAUGGCUGUAAAUUUAGUUUCUUUGUUGCUAAAAGUGCAGUAUAAGAAAACAGCAACUCGGUAAAUGAUCAUUUUAACAGCCAACAUUGAACAAACUGGUGGUUUCUACUUUUGUAAGUACUUAGUUUUGAAAGGUAUCAGAAAGUAAUUUUCGCGCUUAUGUUGUAAAA